GGUCUCUACGAGAUGAACUCCGUCAGUGGCUGUUCAGACACUGUUGGAGAGGAUGUGCUGAUACUGGAUGAUGAGGUGGUCUGGUACGCAGACUUCAACAAACAGACAGGUGUUGACUCUCUGCCAGCCUUUGCAGAUCAUCCACACUGGCAGGAAGGAAUGUAUGAAGAAGCUGUGGCUAAUCAACAGAUCUGCAGACAAAACCUGAAGGUGGCUCGUUCAGCUAUGAAGGACUUCCCCAAAGAACUCG